UUGAGAACUUCUGUCUCUGGAGUUUUGGUGAUAUAUAAAAUAAACCUUUAUUUUUACAGGUUUUGACCAAUGGUGAACCAACCAGAAGAGGUCAAUAUAGGCAAUAUUUGUCUGCAGCCCUAGACAAGGCAUAUAAUGCUGUUUUAGAUGGAAUGGCAAUUAGGAAAGCUGCCACUACCUUUGCUGUUCCAUUUGCUACACUGCAUGACAGGAUGAGUGGGAAGGUUUCUAUUGAAUGUAGUACCACUGGUAGAGAACCACUAUUGUCCAUGGAAGAAGAACAGGGACUUGUUUCACAUAUUGAAGCCAUGGCAAAUUUUGGGUAUGGCUAUACAAGGGCUGAAGUUACUACUAUUGCCACAGACCUAGCAAUAUAUGUUGGAAAGAAGUCAAAGGAUGAACAACCCCUAUCACUUCAGUGGUUCUAUGGGUUUAUGAAGCGAUGGCCUGAUCUGUCAGUGAAGAAGCCACGAUCCCUUGAGAUACAGAGAGCAAAAGCUACCUCAGAGGAGACGAUCACUCAUUAUUUUAAUGAGCUUGGGCACAUCAUGGAUAAGUACAACCUGAAGACAUGCCCUCAUCGCAUUUAUAAUGUUGAAGAAAAGGGACUUAUGGAGCCUCAUACCCCACCAUCAGUUGUUACAUCGAGUCAGAGUACUCCAGCUGCAGUCACAACAUCAAGAUCAAGUACUACAACGGUUAUAGGUUGCGGCAAUGCGUCUGGUAGUUCUAUACCACCGUAUUUUGUAUUCAAGGGCAAGAGGAUGCGGGAAGAACUCCUUUCAGGAAGUACCCCUGGAGCAGCAGGCACUGUAAGCGACUCUGGCUGGUCAAACACGGAGAUUUUUCAGCACUAUCUGACAGAGCAUUUCCUGAAGCAUGCUGUCGCCGCGUCUGCAGAUAGUCCACUUCUUAUUGUGUAUGAUGGUCAUAGAUCCCACGUAUCUAUUCCACUCAUCGAAUGGGCACGUCAACAUCACAUUAUUUUGCUUGUACUGCCUGCACACACGUCCCAUGUUUUACAGCCAAUGGAUGUUGGUUGCUUUGGACCUUUUGCUAAAAUUUACAACAACCUCCGUCAUACGUAUAUGCGGGAAAAUGCCACAAGUUCAGUUGAUAAACAUUCUGUUUGUGAACUUGGCUGUAGAGCUUAUAACCUGUCGCUGACACCAACAAAUCUGCAAUCCUCUUUCAGGAAAUGUGGAGUCUAUCCAUUUGACAAGUCUUCCACCGCCAAUAUCAACUUUGCGCCAUCAACAGUUUUUAAGUCGACUGAACCUUUGCUGCAUCCUGAUACUGGUGUUAUUGAUUCAUGUGUGCCAGUUGGAGACAAGGUUGUCACUUCACCUACUGAGGGCAAUGAUGUAGCAGGAUUCUUUAAAGACAAGACGACUGUACUUUUCAAGAAAGCUGUGCCUACUAAAAAGAGAAACGUUCUGAGCGCUGUUGUCGGGGGCAAGGCCAUCACCGAAGACGUCAUUCUGAAUAAAAUUAUUUCUCACCAGACUGUGAAAUCGGCACCCAAAAAAAGAAAGCAAGCACCUAAACCAAGUAAAUCUUUAAAAAAAAAAAAUACUGUCACAUACAGUUACAUCUGUGUGUUUAAAGUUGAUUUUGAC